UUCCCGCGCAUGCGCAAACGCAUUGUUGAUGACAGCCUAGCUUUGACAGACGUAGAUUAGUUUGUGUGGUUACCUCAAAGCUUUAACGUAAUAAUAACCGAUUUUAUCCUCAAGUUGUUUUGCUAACAUCGUUAAAACAUCACUUUCGAAUUAUGCUACAAUUCCUGGCUGGAUUCACCUUGGGCAAUGUUGUGGGGAUGUAUCUCGCUCAGAACUACGAUGUGCCAAACAUAGCGAAAAAAAUCGAAGCGUUCAAAAAAGACGUGGAGGCCAAGAAAAAACCACCCGAGUGACCAAAAUGCUUCCAUCAAGAAUAUCAUCCACAUCUAUUUAUUUCACAGGGUUGUGCCAGUGUUCUGACAGUGCCUCAGAAAUGUUACACUAUAUUUCUACAAGAUAUUUGCUAUUGUACAUUCAGGUUACCUGUAAAUCACAUUUGUUCUGGUGACAUGGCAAAAUUUGAACAUAUUCAGCGCACAAUAAAGUUGAGAAUUCCUUUAAA